AUGGCCUUGGUAUUUGCAUGUCCCGUAUUAUUUAUCUACGGAAUACAGUCGAAUGUCAUGCCAGUCGCUCCACGAACGAUUGCUCUUGGUAAUACUUGUAAAAUAGUAGAUAUCAAAGACUCUUUGACUAGUUCUGCCUUAAGAAAGAUCUUUAUGAUCAUCGUGUGCAUAGGUACUCCCUUAACUUUUUGCAUUCUUAUCAUCAUAUACAGUCUCAUUGCUGUAAAUAUUCGGAAAAGAUUUGUUUACGUUUGCAAGACAUCUGGGAAAAAUGAGACCAAUGUGGAACAAGGGGAACGUUCAGUCGAGAGCAAGGUUCAGAUUAACUCACUAAAAUCUGUAAGAAGAUCAUCGGCUUUGGAGAUCAACGAAUGUAUUCCAGAAGAAACGACCGCUCCGAUUGACGUGGCAAGCACUACUGCUCAUGACAACAGUGAUACUUCCAACAACUGUACCACAAUCCAAUCAAAGAAUCGUUUUUCCUCACAAAACGAAAAGAAUCAACGUGCACGUUCCCAGAGAGUUACUUUGAUGCUCUUUUUAGUCACAGUAAUUUUCAUUUUGACUUCUUCAACAUUUUAUGCCGUAGUCAUCAUUCGCACUGUACAGCCUUACUAUUACACCAACCUCUCCUUUGAAGGAAAAGCUAUUUAUCAAUUCUUUGUGCGAUUCUAUUUUCUGAGCAUGUCUGCAAACCCUGUGUUGUACAGCUGUCUAAGUGAACAAUUCAGAACGGAAUGUGGAAAUGUUUUGAGAACAUUAUGGAAAUUUCCCGUGAAAUGUUGA